CUCAGCUCCAUCUGCUACAGCUCAACCACGAAAUCCAUCACCCAACUCCAAAAUGACAACCACCUCAUCCCCAGACAGGCGACCUCCCACCACAAACAGGCUCUCUCGACAAUCAUUCACCAUCCUCACCAUUAACAACAUCCACCACAACCACCCUCCCCGCUCCCACAACCACCACCAUCACCAACCCCCAUCCACAACCUCCCCACCACCACCCCAACCCGGCGCCCACCCCGUCCCUCCCCCUACCUCUACCAUUACACUCCCAGCUCCAGCUCCAACAUCCAAAACCUCCAUCCCUCCACCCCCCAAAGCAGGCGAAGCACCUACACCCGCAAUAACCCAACCCCCUGUCCCCGAACCCACCUCCCCACCAAACCCAUUCCCAGGACUCUCCACCAAUUCCAAUCCCAGCUACGGUACCUACGGCGGGUAUACCACCAACCCAGCUCCAAUCCCGGUCCCAAACUCCACAACAACCCCCUAUACAACCCUUUACCAGCGCCAUACCACCACCUCCGGUAGUCCAGGACAGGGUCAGGGUCAGUUACCAUACUAUGAACCUGGACCGUCGGGCCAGGUGGCGCUGGAUGAGGAGGAUGGAUUCGGGGAGGGGUUUUUGGCUGGGGCGAGGGGGUGGUUGAGGACUGCGGGGAGGAAGUUGGGGGAGGUGGAGGCGGAGGUUUGGAGAAGGAUUAAUGAGGUUCAUGAUCGUUGAUUGUAUCUUGCUUCUUGGGUUGGGUGGUGGUGGUGAUGGGACGGGAUGUGGGUGUAUAUUGAGUUUGUUGUGGUUUGGGUAGGUGUGUCUUGGGUUUUGUAAAUUAUACUAUUGUUUGGGUUGGUGGGAUGGAGUUGUUUGUUUUGUAUUCAUUUGGGUUUGGAAGGUGGCGGAAAAGGGUAUGGGCGUAUUUGACUAAUUGAACUAUGAAAGUAAUGAAUGACUGAAUCAAUACUUGGUAGGGUUGACGGUAAUUACGGAUGAAACUAUACCAUGGGUACAGUAGGUAUAGAUCUGAGCCU